GCGGGGCGGGAGGGCAUGGGCUGCCCCGCCCCGCCCUGAUUGGCUGGCGGCCGCGAGCGGGCCCGGUGAUUGGGCGGGAGCCGCGUCAGUCACUCCCCUCCCCCAGGCGUCUGGCAACAGGCGCUGUCUGGGCGGCCAGGCCGGGGCUGCCGGUCCCGCCGGGGCUCCUGCUCCUGCGCCCGCCGCGCUCCCCGCCCCUCCCCGCCCUGGGGGCGCCCAGACCGGCCCCUGGCCUCCCGUGGGGCAGGGACAGAGAGCGACAGCCUGCCGGGGGCUGGGAUUCGCAGCCCCUUCUGCUUUCCUGGGGGGAGGCGAGCGGCUCCAGGCCCUGGGCAUGGGUCGCUCAGGGUGUCCUGCGGCCUGUUCCUGAAUCACCUUCUGAUUCUUCCUUUGUCUUUCCUUCACCUUCCUUUCCUUCCCCAGGCUCUAGGGUUUUCUGGGCUUAAUUUUUUAUUAUUAUUAUUUUUAUUUUUUUAAUUCGGUGAGAUCAUCUCGCCUGGAGGCUGCAAUGUGACAGAAAUACUAAAUAUCCCUGUCGCUCAGGGAGGCUUCCUCAUCGAAACUCUGUAGUCGUCUUGCUUGCAGUCAAGUGGUAGUCUUUCAGAAAACGAAUACAUAAUUGAAUUGGGGGUAGUAAUGAAUGGAAAGAAGCCAAAACCUAAAAGCAUGAGGUAUAUCUUGCUUAGAUAAAAGUGAAUGUAAGUCUUUGAGAAUGGGCUAGGGUAACUAUGAUUUAAGAAUUAAAGGAGUUAGUCUUAAAUUGAAAAUUCUAGAAAACGGAGAUAAACUGUUGGCAUAUGACACCUGUUUCUUUGCAAAGGAAGAGUAAUCCUGAGUCAUAACUGGAUUUCAGUUUUUUAUGUCUUUGUAGUUAAUGCCCUUCAGCUUGUCAGUACUCUGAAAUAUUUUACCUGCCAAAGUGCCUGAUUUUGAUGCAGUUAAUACUAUUCAGCUUUCACUACUCUGAAACAUUUGAAGUGCCAAAGAACUUAGUUUUGAUGGCAUUUGAUAAAUUUGGAUAGUAGCUGUCAUCCGUGCAAUUACACUAAAUAGAUGGGACAAUGGAACACUUCACACUUCUUACUGUUUCUAAGUGAGUCACUAACCAUCCUACGGUACAGUUGUCAACAAAACAGUAUCUUUUUUCUAACACCCACAAAAUCAGAAGAUUUCCAGAUUCUCUGUGGAUGAGAAAUGAAUAGUAAAGAAUAUCUCUUCUGUGCAACAGUUCAAAUUUAGGUUGAUGGGGACUACAUCUGAUGGUCUUUUCAUCUUAAGAGUGUAUAUGUCAUUUUUUCAGUGCAGCAAUAUAUCCAGAAAGUCGAUUAACUUACUAAGGUCAUUAUCAGGCAACAUGUUAGUUGUCUUAAGGCUUUCAUCUAAAUAGCAAUAUUAUGUGAAACUAAACGAAUUUUAGCUGUUCUCUUUCCCUUCCCUUCUUUAUUUGUCUCCAGUUGUAAGUAAUCGGGGACUCGGGCACAGAGGCACUUCACUCUUCAGUGCCAUAGGGAUGGGACAUUUUCAAUAUAAUAGUCGUGAUGGUCGUCAUCAGGGUCAUAAUAGUGCUACCUGUGUGUUGGGAAGGGGGGAAUUGCAUUUGUUUUGAGGAAACCGGGGUAGUAAAACAAAGAGCUAGCUGAGAAAUUUGUGUUUAGACGUGUAAUGAGAAGUGACCUGGGAAAUGGGAAGACAGCAGUUGCCUACAGCUUGUGAGGCUGAGCCAAGAGUACAGUAGUAAAUUUUAAAUUCCCACAAAUACGAGGGGAGCAGAACAUGUCUCAAAGAGCAGAUACUCAGAUUUUAUUUCUUUUUCAGGUAAGUGAGUUAACAAGCUCGGAGGGAAUUAUUAAAUACGUGGAAAUGCAGUAUUGGGCACGGGAGGCGAAUGAGAAGACUGGGGGGGGCUGUUUACAAGUGCAGCCACCUGUGGGUGGGAAGAGGUAGCGUAUGGGGUGGAAAAGGAGGAGACCAAGAAUGUAUCAGAGCGGAUCCCACAAAGAAUGUAAGAAAGGACAGCCUGGCCUUGUUAUUAUGGAUCGCUCUCGGCACCGCGCGGGAAGUGGCCACGAGCAGGCACCUUCACGGGAGCGCAGUCACAGUGAGGGUGAGAGGCAACGACAGCUGGAGCGCCUCAGCAGGGAGGAGGCCUAUUACCAGUUCAUUAAUGAACUCAAUGAAGAAGACUACAGGUUAAUGAGAGACCACAACCUGCUUGGCACUCCUGGGGAAAUAACAGCAGAAGAGUUACAGCAACGCUUGGAAGGGGCUAAGGAGCAUCUGGCAUCACAGACUGAUCUGGAUAACAGAGAAGGUGAAGGUAGAACUGUUGGAGAUUCUGAUGUUCUUGGAGAGAACUCAAGUGGUGACUCCUUGCUUGAAUGGCUGAAUACAUUUCGUCGCACAGGAAACGCCACUCGCAGUGGACAGAGUGGGAACCAAACCUGGAGAGCUGUGAGUCGAACAAACCCGAACAGUGGGGAGUUUCGAUUUAGUCUUGAAAUCAACAUAAAUCAUGAGCAUAACAGUUUUGAAACUGCUGGUGAGGAGUAUGUGGGUAUAGAUAGCAGCAGAAUGUAUUUAGAAAGAAGACAUCAAAGAGCUGUCAGUCCAUUAACCCCACGAACGAGGAGCAGGACUGCAAGAGAGGCAAACAGUGAGACUUCAAGCACUGCAAGGACCAGGUCUGUAAGAAGUUCUGCAGCACAGAGCUCUGAAGCAGCCUCUCGUCCGAUCUCAGGGAGGCUCAGGAGUAGAACAAGGGAGUUGAGAGGCCUUUCCCAAAGAAACACAACACGUAAUAAUACUGCAGCUGCUGGUGAACGAAGAGAAACGCCAGAAAGAGGUAGAGCUAGAACUAGUGUUCGAAUGAAUACAAACCAAAGACUAGAGAUUCUGCGGCUGAGGUCUACUUUAAGUAGUCGAAGCCGCUCUCCCCUGCAAAGGCAAGGUGAUACUGCUCAUUCUGAGGAACCUGGGCAGAGGCAGGAUAGAAAUGCACAGCAGGUCAGAAGUAGAAGACAAACAGCUCAGCCUUCUCCACAGCCUGCCGAAGAACAAGCAAGAAGUAACACUCAGACUCCUCAGCAUUCCGGUGUAGCCCCAUCCUUAGGAAUAACUUUGGAGGAGGAGGAAACUAGUAGGCCAGUAGCUGCUGUUAGAAGGCAUCCAACGAUUACAUUAGAUCUUCAGGUGAGAAGAAUUCGUCCUGGAGAAAACAGAGAUCGGGACAGUAUUGCCAGUAGAACUCGGUCGAGGGUAGGAAUGGCAGAAAACACUGUUACCUUUGAAAGUGACAGCGGGGGAUUUCGGCGUACAAUAUCACGGUCAGAACGUGCAGGUAUCCGAACCUACGUUAGCACUAUCCGCAUCCCUCUGCGUCGGAUAUCGGAAACUGGGCUUGGGGAACCUUCAUCAGUAGCUCUUCGAUCAAUCCUUAGACAAAUUAUGACAGGCUUUGGAGAACUGAGUUCUUUGAUGGAAACUGAAUCUAACUCGGAAGUGCAAAGAGGUGGUCAUCGCUUACCAGAUGUACAAUCAGAGCAGAGUAACUCAAGUUCAGCAAACAACAGCAGUGAUCCGAGUGAGGUUUCAUCUAGAAGUGGGCACGUAGUAGAAGGCAGCAGGGAAACAAAUGGACAGAGCGAUGAUACUCAACGCUACGGUCGCAGUAAUGAAAUCCAAGAUAACAGGCAGUCUCAGGAUGCUAACAACCUAGUGGAAAAUGGAACACUGCCCAUACUUCGACUUGCCCACUUCUUCUUGCUGAAUGAAGAUGAUGAUGACGAUCGUUUAAGAGGUUUAACCAAAGAGCAGAUUGACAAUCUUUCUACCCGGAACUAUGGGGAUAUUCACACUGAAAAUGAAAUAAGUAAAACGUGUAGUGUUUGCAUUAAUGAAUAUGUAACAGGGAAUAAGCUAAGGCAGUUACCUUGUAUGCAUGAGUUCCAUAUUCAUUGUAUUGAUCGCUGGCUUUCUGAAAACUCCACUUGUCCAAUUUGUCGGCAGCCUGUUUUGGGGUCUAAUGCCACAGACAAUGGCUAGAAUCACUUAUACUGCUCAGUGCUCAAGGAUUUGCUUCUGCUCUAUUUAUGAUGAGCCAGAUGGAAUUAAUUGACUUACAUAGGGGUUUGUUUGUGUUGGGAGUUUUGUUAAACUUCUUUUAAAAGAGUAGGAAACUUGUCUAAAUCUAGCAAUGUAAAUACUAUUUUUCUCCAAGUUCAGACCUAGGAGUACACAUAGAACCAAAUGAUAUCAGUAAAGUUUAUAUUUUUUUAGGUAAUUUUGUUAUGCUAAGCACUUUUGUAAAUACAGAAAUGCAAUAGUUAAUCAGUCUUGCUUAAUGUAUGUUUUUUUUAACAGCGUAAUGGACUCACUUUAUUUAGAUUACAAAUUGUUUCACACAGGCUUACCACUGUGUUGAAAAAUUAGUGUCUAAAUAGCCAUUCGUUAGCUUUUUGUUCUAAGAACAAUUUCUGUUACAGAGAGUCUCUUGCUGGACAUGUUUGCUAAAGAUAUUUAAGUUACUUGAAGUGCUCAUUUUAAUAGACAGUAUAUUUUUUUUAACAUUGAAAUAUCCUUUCCAAAAACUUGCGUAUUUGGUUCUAUUAAAAAAAUUCUAUGGCAGUUUUUGCAUGUGGUUUUACACAAUGCUUAAUGCUGAUCAGUUCAUAUUCAAAAGCAGAUGGGUUAGUGACAUUAUGAAAUGUACAUUAUUAAAGGGUGUCUCUGACAAUCGCUGUCUUUUCAAUGCAGACAGCAAUCACAUCAGUAAUCAUCCCAAGAGGGCAUGUCUUACUGAACAGGAUAUUUGCUCAAAGAAUACAUGAGCACUGAGGAAGCCUUUUUACUCUUCCAGUUAACUCAAUUGAUAUUCAUGGUUUUUUAACUGCCUUAGUUUAAAGAGGGAAAUAUUUCCUUGACCAUUAUAUUGUCUACAAUAUGCAUGAUUUGUGCAUCCUACUCAGAAAAAAAAAAAAGGCUUGAAGUGGUUUUGUACAGAAAUUUAAGGUACACAUAUAGUAGUCCUCUUAAAAUCUGCCUGAGAACCAAAUGCCAAAAGACACUAAAAAGAACAAAAUAAGCUUCCCUUAAAGUCCCCAAGUUACUGUAUAAUUAGAUAUUAAACUUUAUACCAAUAACUUAUAAAGAAAUAAAGUUGCAAACUAAAGAA